UAUUAUUUUUCAAUGGAAUUUUUUAAAUAAAAAUUUUUUAAAAUUAUUAUUUCCAUCAUCAAGUUCUCGCCAAAUUACGACAAACAAUAACGAUAAUGAUAUUGUAAUAACGUUAACAAAAUUUAUGAAUGGACCAAAAUUACGUGGUCAAUUGAUUGUCGAACAAAAUGUUACUGUUGGACAAUUUCUCGGUGUUCGAUAUGCUGAUAAACCAAAGAGAUUUCGUCGAUCAAAAUUAGCUAGUCUGAAUUGGACGGGCAUUAAAGAUGCCCGAAAUUGGCCACCAUUUUGUAUGCAAAAUAAUCUAAAACAAUUUGAUUAUUUAACAAAAAUUUAUAAUCAAAAUGUUAGUGAAGAUUGUUUAUUUCUGAAUAUUUGGACACCGAUCAUUCAAAAUGAUUCGAAAAUCAUUAAUGAUGAUGAAAAUAUUACCAUGAUAAAUCAAAUGAAUUUAUUACCGGUAAUCAUUUAUAUACAUGGUGGUGGUUUUAAUUAUAUGGGCAUCAGUAUGGAAGCAUAUAAUGGUCGAAUAAUUUCAGCAAUUGGUAAUGUUAUUUUUGUUACAAUAAAUUAUCGUGUUGGCCUGUUAGGUUUUUUCAAUAAUCAAUUGGAUGAUUAUGAUAAAAACUUGGGACUUUAUGAUCAAAUUUUAGCUAUUGAAUGGAUACGAAAAAAUAUUCAUAAUUUUGGUGGUGAUCCAAAUCAAAUUACAUUACAAGGACAAUCAGCUGGUGCAAUUUCAAUUGGAUUGUUAAUGAUAUCAACUGAAAGUCGUAAUCUUUUUAAACGUGUUAUAUUACAAAGUGCAAGUCCAAUGAUGUUAAAACAAGUUUUUACUAAUAAUCAUUAUGAUAAUGUUAUUCAAUUGGCUAAUUGUACAUCAUCGAUUGACAGUAAUCAAACUGAUGAUGAUAAUUUAUUAUCAUUCAAUUAUGAUGAAUAUAAUGAAGAAGAAGAUGACGAUGAAGAUGAUGAUGGCGAAGAAGAUUAUAAUAAUAAUAAUGAUAAACAAAUAAAACUUGAAACUGAAUGUAUUGAACGAUUAUCAUCGAAAAAAAUCAAUGAAAUACAAGCAGAAAUAUUGAAAGAAAAUAUUAUCAGUUUUAGUCCAACAAUACCAAGUCGACUAUUACCGGAUUAUGUUGAACAACAAUCGGAUAAUAUUUUACAAAAAGAAAUAUUGAUUGGUGCUAAUGCAAAUGAAUCAACAUUAUAUUUACAUCAUGAAGUACCGGAUCUAAUACCAUUAACCAAUGAUUUCAAUGUUAAUCUAUCAAUUUUUUAUAAAGUAAUUAAAAAAUUAGAUAGUGGUAAUGAAAAUUUGAAACGAUUAAGUUCAAUAAUAUUUGAUCGUAUACGGAAAGAAAAUAAUGGUAUUGAUAAUGAAAAAGAUUUGAUCAAAGAAUUUAUGAUAUUUUUAAGUGAUUUAUUAUUCAAAGGACCGGUAUUUAAAUUUGCAAAAUUAUUAAGUAAAAAUGAACAGAAAAAUGUUUAUCUUUAUUUAUUUCAUGAAGAAAAUUUAUCCUAUCCAAAAUGGAUUGGUUCACCACAUUGGAAUGAAAUGGAUUAUGUAUUUGGUUUACCGAUACGUUAUCCGGAACGAUUUACUAAACAACAACAAAUGCUUAGCCGAAGAAUGAUUCAAACAUGGACAUAUUUUGCAAGAACUGGAAAAAUGUUACAACAAAAUGGAAUCGAAUGGCCAAAAUUAGAUGAACAUAAUUUACAUAUGAAUCUUAUGUCUAAAAAUGUUUCAGUGGGAAAAGAUUUCGGUAUGAAAUUCUAUGAUGUUUAUGAUCUUUUAUAUGAUUCAACGUGAUUAUUACAAAUCGAUUAAUUCCAUGGCCAAAAUCUACUGAUUAUCAAAUCCAUCAUUACAAUUGUGUAUUUUUUUUUUGUUCAUUCAUUUCAAUAAUCAUUUUUUUUCAAUUUGUGAAUUAAUUAAUUAAUUGAUCGAAACCAACAUCAUCAUCUAAAUAGUGAAUCUGUAGAAUUUUUAAUCUUUUGGAAACAAAAAACGACAAAUAUCAAUCACUUAUCAUAUCUAAUUUUGACAAAUGAAAAAUGUUGAUGAUUUCAA